CUUUGCGUGAGCGUCUGCGUGCGGCGGAGGUGGCUGCGCGGGCUGGUCGGAGCUUCGCGCUGCUCCCUCUCCGGCUGUUACCGCCGCCGUCGGUGUCCCGCUGUCUUGGUCUGCUAAGCUGACGAGGCGUUGGCCGCAGUACCUCAGAACCAAAUUCAGUCUAGCUUGGGGCCGGGCGGGAGGGUGGGCGAGCGCGUGUCGGAGGGCGCCGCGCGGGCGGGCGGGCAGACGACCGUGAGGGAAGGAGGCGGGGGCGGCGGGUCAGCCGCGGGCCGGGCCGGCCGGGGGAUGUCGAUGCCUGACGCGAUGCCGCUGCCCGGGGUCGGGGAGGAGCUGAAGCAGGCCAAGGAGAUCGAGGACGCCGAGAAAUACUCCUUCCUGGCCACCGUCACCAAGGCGCCCAAGAAGGUGCGGGGGCUCUGGGUGGAGACAGGGGCCCGCCGGGCCUCGCGGAAGGGGCACGAGUGAGCCCCGGGCUUCAGCUAGUUCAGGACUUUAGGGGCUAGGGUCUGGGGUGAUUAAGGACAGAGGGGUGGUGUGAGGGGUGACGGGUGAGCGGCCCCAGGCCCAUCCCGGACUGGAAAGGCCGUCCGUGACCUCGCUUUCCUUUGUCCCUCGGCCGUAGUACUCCGGGAUGUUUCUUAAACCCGGUAGGGCUGGGCCUUAAAUUUUCGACUGACUUUUCGUGCAUGAUGGGCCUCGAAGAGGGGAAUGAGGGGUUGAACAAACUCAGCUGGCUCCUACGACCAGCCGCAAGGAUAUAGGGGUAGUUCAGAAAAGCUCCCCUCAGCAAAUCCAGUUUGCUGAUGACAUGCAGGAGUUCACCAAAUUCCCCACCAAAACUGGCCGAAGAUCUUUGUCUCGCUCCAUCUCACAGUCCUCCACUGACAGCUACAGUUCAGCUGCAUCCUAUACAGAUAGCUCUGAUGAUGAGGUUUCCCCACGAGAGAAGCAGCAAACCAACUCCAAGGGCAGCAGCAAUUUCUGUGUGAAGAACAUCAAGCAGGCGGAAUUUGGACGCCGGGAGAUCGAAAUUGCAGAGCAAGACAUGUCUGCUCUGAUUUCACUCAGGAAACGUGCUCAGGGGGAGAAGCCCUUGGCUGGUGCUAAAAUAGUGGGCUGUACACACAUCACAGCCCAGACAGCGGUAUUGAUUGAGACACUCUGUGCCUUGGGGGCUCAGUGCCGCUGGUCUGCUUGCAACAUCUACUCCACUCAAAAUGAAGUGGCUGCGGCACUGGCUGAGGCUGGAGUUGCUGUGUUCGCUUGGAAGGGCGAGUCUGAAGACGACUUCUGGUGGUGUAUCGACCGCUGUGUGAACAUGGAUGGGUGGCAGGCCAACAUGAUCCUGGAUGAUGGGGGAGACUUAACCCACUGGGUUUAUAAGAAGUAUCCAAACGUGUUUAAGAAGAUCCGAGGCAUUGUGGAAGAGAGCGUGACUGGUGUUCACAGGUUGUAUCAGCUCUCCAAAGCUGGGAAGCUCUGUGUUCCAGCCAUGAACGUCAAUGAUUCUGUUACCAAACAGAAGUUUGAUAACUUGUACUGCUGCCGAGAAUCCAUUUUGGAUGGCCUCAAGAGGACCACAGAUGUGAUGUUUGGUGGGAAACAAGUGGUGGUGUGUGGCUAUGGUGAGGUGGGAAAGGGCUGCUGUGCUGCUCUCAAGGCCCUUGGAGCAAUUGUCUACAUCACAGAGAUUGACCCCAUCUGUGCUCUCCAGGCCUGCAUGGAUGGGUUCAGGGUGGUAAAGCUAAAUGAAGUCAUCCGGCAAGUUGAUGUUGUAAUAACUUGCACAGGAAAUAAGAAUGUAGUGACGCGGGAGCACUUGGACCGCAUGAAAAACAGUUGUAUUGUAUGCAAUAUGGGCCACUCCAACACAGAAAUUGAUGUGACCAGCCUCCGUACCCCUGAGCUGACUUGGGAGCGAGUGCGUUCUCAGGUGGACCAUGUCAUCUGGCCAGAUGGCAAACGUGUCGUCCUCCUAGCAGAGGGUCGUCUACUCAAUCUGAGCUGCUCCACAGUCCCCACCUUUGUUCUUUCCAUCACAGCUACAACACAGGCAUUGGCACUGAUAGAGCUCUACAAUGCACCUGAGGGACGAUACAAACAAGAUGUGUACUUGCUCCCUAAGAAAAUGGAUGAGUAUGUGGCCAGUUUGCACCUUCCAUCAUUUGAUGCUCAUCUGACAGAGCUGACAGAUGACCAAGCAAAAUACCUGGGACUCAACAAAAAUGGGCCAUUCAAACCCAAUUAUUACAGAUACUAAUGGACCAUAUUACCAAGGACCAGUCCACAUGAACCACACAAGUCUAAAAAAUAUUUUUUAAGAUAAUUUUUAUUUUCUUCUUAUUCCUUUCCUCUUUAUUUUAUUUUUCCCAUAAUUUCAUUCUUGUUUUUUCAUCUCAUUAUCCAAGCUCUGCAGACCACACAGGAACUUCCUUCAUGGCUGUUUUAGAUGAGACUGAGGUUCAAGAUUCCUCACCCUAGUCAUUAAAGAAGGAUUUUAUUCUCCCAGCCCAGAAAGGUGAUUCUCUCUUUACCAUUUCUGGGGAUUUCAGUCUUAAGUGGGUACCUUAUAAAAGGAAAUGCUAAGGUACUUUCUAUGUGGAACAAUCUGCAAUGUCUAAAUUGCCUUAAAAGAGCCCAUUUCUUAGUGUUCUUUCACUCCUCCAGAGGAGCAGGGGUGGUUCCUUACCAGCCAGGUAGGUUAGAUGUAGGUGGUGCAUGUUAAUUUCCCUUUGAAGUUCCAAGCCCUGUUUCCUGUGUAAGGGUGGUGUGUCUGCUUCAAGACGUGUACUAGUGAGUGUUGUUUGUUAAGAUCCAGUAGGUCCACUUGGAUUUAGUACAGCUCUUCCUCCACUCCCACCUGACCCUCUCAUUUUUCUAGUUUUUAACCAGACUGCACUUUAUUAAGUUGAAUUUUGUCCCCUAGCAUUUGUUAUUUCUGUUGU